UUGUUUAAUUUGUAGAUUUAUUACGUAGUUUUAAGACUCGAUAAAGCUCAUGGUGCCGAAAAAACCCAGAACAUAUUGAAAGCCAAUUUUAAAAGUAUUUAUCGGAGCUGUUGCAGUUAUCGGUUGAGACUCUGGGUGCCGCUGUUCACCAGAGAGGCAGAGAAAUGCAAUCAGAGAUUCAGGCAGCCCAGCCGUCUGUUUCACAGCACAAAACACAGAGAGCUCAAACAGUCUGUAGCUCAGCCUUCAUACAAACGGUUGCAUGAAUGAUAUCCGUAGUAUAAUUAUUAUAUAAAUUAGUAUCUCAGGAAAGAAAACAAUAAAUAUUACACUAAACUACAGCGUCCCGAGAUUAGGAUCCUGCACCUCUACUUCAAAGAUCUGGAAAUGGCGGAUAAAGCAAGGCUCCGCGGCUGCAAAGGACUAGCCCUCUUCUGCUUUACAUUGGUUUCCGCUUGGGAGACAGUUUCUGGGGAAAUUCGCUAUUCGAUUCAUGAGGAAAUGCAGAAAGGCUCUUUCGUGGGGAAUAUCUUAAAAGAUCUGGGACUGGAUCUAAAGGAACUCUCAGACCGCGGACUCCGCAUUGUUUCCACAGGUAGGACUCCGUAUUUUGCUCUGAAUCUUAAGAGCGGUCAUUUAAUCACCACAGAAAGAAUUGACAGAGAGCAAAUCUGUGGCCAGCUAGAGACGUGUCUGUUACAUCUUGAGGUUCUUGUUGAGGAUAAAGUGAAGCUUUUCAUAGUUGACGUUGAAAUCACAGAUAUUAAUGACAAUGCGCCCCGCUUCCAGGAAGAUGAAUUGGAAUUUAGAAUCAGUGAGUUAGCCGCUGUGGGAACCCGAUAUUCUCUUGAGGAGGCGCAGGAUGCAGAUGUGGGAGCCAGUUCUGUGCAGGGCUAUUAUCUCAGCAGUAACAAACACUUCUCUCUGGAUGUGCAAACGGGAGCUGACGGGGACAAAUAUGCCGAACUGGUGCUGGAAAAGUCUCUAGACCGGGAAGAACAAGCUGUUCACGAUCUAAUCCUCACAGCCACUGACGGGGGAGAUCCAGUCAGGUCCGGCACUGCGCAGAUCCGCGUUAUCGUCCUUGACGCAAAUGACAAUGCACCAGUUUUCAGUCAGCCUGUCUAUAAAGUGAGUGUUUUGGAAAAUGUGCCCAUCGGGUCUCUGCUGCUGACAGUAAACGCCACAGAUCCGGACGAAGCGAUAAAUUCGGAGAUCACAUAUUCACUCAGGAAGAUGAAAGACAAAGCGUCCCAGAUAUUCCAGGUGGAUUCUAAAACUGGAGAAAUAUCAACUGUGGGAAACCUGGACUAUGAGGAAGCCGCAUCAUAUGAAAUGGAGGUUCAAGCAAAGGACGUUGGAGAUCUCUCGGCCAGGUCUAAAGUCCUGGUUACUGUGAUUGAUGUUAAUGAUAAUGCUCCCAGAAUAACAAUCACUUCUCUCUUCAGCUCAGUCAUCGAAGACAGCCCUCCAGAGACUCUGAUUGCUCUAUUAAACAUCAGAGAUAAAGAUUCUGGAGAUAAUGGAGAGGUCACAUGCUCCAUACCCGGCAACCUGCCAUUCCGGUUACAGAAAUCAUUUGACAAUUAUUACAGCUUGGUGACUGACAGACCCCUGGACCGGGAGCGGGUCUCGGAUUACAAUGUGGCGAUCACAGCCACAGACCGAGGAACUCCAAAUCUGGCUUCCCAAAUAACAAUUUUAGUGCAUCUUUCAGACAUAAACGACAACGCUCCCAUCUUCAACCAGACAUCCUACACUUUGUACAUCACAGAGAACAAUCACAGUGGAGCUUCCCUUUGUUCCCUGAAAGCGAAUGACCCCGACUGGGGGCAGAACGCCCGAGUCACUUACUCCAUUACUGGAACUCAGAUCCAGGAAGCUCCGCUCUCUUCCUCCAUCUCCAUUAACUCUGAGACUGGGGCUCUCUACGCUCUGCGUUCCUUCGAUUACGAACAGUUCCGGGAGAUUCGGUUCCAAGUGCAGGCUCAGGAUGGGGGUUCCCCACCUCUCAGCAGUAAUGUCUCCGUCACUCUCUUUAUCCUGGAUCAGAAUGACAACAGCCCGCACAUCUUACACCCCUCCUUUCCCACCGAUGGCUCCACGGGAGUGGAGUUGGCCCCUCGCUCCUCCGAGCCGGGUUACCUGGUCACUAAGGUGGUGGCGGUGGAUGCAGACUCCGGACAGAACGCCUGGCUCUCCUACCAGCUGCUGAAGGCUACAGAGCCGGGGCUCUUCUCUGUGGGACUCCACAGCGGCGAGAUCAGGACAGCGCGCUACUUUCUCGACAAAGAUGCGCUCAAGCAAAGUCUGGUGGUUUUAGUGAAGGACAACGGGCAGCCCCCUCUCUCUGCCACGGCCACUGUCACGGUGGUGAUGGCUGACAGCAUCCCCGAAAUCCUCUCCGAUUUAAGCAGCCUCUCAGCUCCUACAGACCCCCAGUCCAGCCUCACCUUGUAUUUGGUGAUCGCUGUGGCUUCCGUUUCCUGCUUGUUCUUUACCUUUAUCAUAGUGUUACUGGCCCUGAGGCUCCGCCGGUGGAGAAACUCGCAGCUGUUUGACUCCUCGAGUGUGACUUUCAGUGGAGUUCCCGUCUCGCAGUUUGUGGGGAUCGAUGGAGUCAGAGCUUUUCUUCACUCCUACUCACAUGAGGUUUCUCUAACCACGGACUCCAGAAAGAGCCAGUUCAACUUUCCCAAAUCAAACUAUUCAAAUACUCUGAGUAGUGAGCAAACUUGUGAGAUAAAGGAUCCUAUUCUAGUUACUGAAGAUUUAAACAUUAGUAACGGGGAUCAGACCUCCAUUCAGCAAGCACAGCCUAACCCGGACUGGCGUUUCUCUCAGGCCCAGAGACCUGGAACCAGUGGCUCCCAGAAUGGAGAAGAAGGUGGAGCUUGGCCAAACAACCAGUUUGAUACGGAAAUGCUUCAAGCCAUGAUUCUGGCAUCAGCAAAUGAAGCAGCUGAUGGGAACUCUACAUUGGGAGGAGGAGCCGGCACUAUGGGCCUCAGUACCAGGUAUGGCCCCCAGUUCACACUGCAGCACGUCCCUGACUACAGGCAGAAUGUGUACAUCCCCGGCAGCACUGCCACCCUCUCCAACUCCUCAGGUAAACGAGAUGGGAAGAGCUCAGGCUCUUCAGGUGGAAACAAGAAGAAGUCUGGGAAGAAGGAGAAGAAGUAGAAUUGACAGACCAUCAACAGCUUAGACCAACAGGGCAGACCCCUCCAGCACUCCCCCAAAUCACAGCUUAGGAUAGAGGAUGAAUGUGAAUUUUGUGAUGAAAAAGCAGGAAAUACAACGAAUGUAUGUCAUCAUCAGAGCUAGGAGUAGGGGCUCCUACUAUUAGUCCUCAUGAUGAAAAAUAAUUGGAAACAAAACAAAACAAAAACCAAGUGCCCUGUUAAUACUAACUAAUAUUUUAUACUAUCACUUGGGUAAUUUAAUGUGCAAGGAUGUAAAACCUUUUAAACAUGUCUUUGGAUUUGGUUUGCUCCAGAAUGGUCCAAGAAAGCCAUGAGGCUUGUACUUGGCUUUGCCCAGUGUAAAUAAUUGUAACAUGGAUUUUUUUUUAUUUAUAUACCUUAGAUCAUUUAAAAAAAAAAGUUCCCCAGAUUAGAACCCAUGUUCCAGAUUUUGAUAUUUAAUUUUCCAUUAGUGAAUCUGACCCUGAGUAACCUUGAAAUGGAUUCCUAGUUACGAAGUUGGUAGGGAGUGCUUCAGUUCCUGUUUACCUAUUAUCCUAAAUGAAAUAAGUGUUUACACUGCAUGAGCCUAUGGGAAUAAGGCUAAGAUGCAUUUUAAACAUUUUUUUUUAAGUGUGACCAGUGAUGGCCUGAAAUAUGAAACAAAACUCAUGAUGUCUAAGAGACAGGGAAUGCAUUCAAACUGCAGUGGAAAAGAUCUAAGUGCAGAGCAUGCCACUAGCAUUAUUGAGCUAUACAAAACCUGUCCCAUAUUGAUUUAGAGGCCACUAAAGAGCAAAUUCAUCUCCUCAAUUCUUUGCAGUAAAUAUUUAUAUGUACAGUUAAUGUUUUCCUGGAACUAAAGUUAAGAAAGUCUAAGUCCCCUGUUGUGAGAACAAGGAGCUGCAGCUCCUUAAAGCAAUGAAAUAACUAAGUCCAUACCAAGGAAUGAUAUUAUCAGAGAAUAAACUCUGAUCUAUUUGUAUGGAAUAGAGACUGAAUGCUUCACAUUUCUGCACAUUGAACUGCAUGCAAAAUACUCACCUCACAUCUACAGUAGGACAGCUAACUCCACCAGAUCUAGGGAAGUCAUCAUUGCAUGCAUGUACAGCAUGGUGUAAAUACACUGUCAGAUAAGUGAGUCUCAGUGCAGGCCAAGCAGUGUCUAUCUGGGAGUGGGGUUCAGUAAUAAGUGGCACAAUGUGUUAUAAAGAGUCAUUGCUCUGGCCUAGAGCAGUGAUAAGAUUUGCACAUUCCAUGUCUAUGCAGAGCAGCCAAGGAACAGCCUUUGUUCAUUGGCCUUCAGAACUGGAUACUCAGUAACUGACAGUUGAUUUGAUGAGACCAAGGGACCAUACUCACAGAUAAGGGAACCAAGAACUAGAGCUGAGCACAUGCCACUCACUGCAAAGCCAGUGAGCCUGAGAGCUUCUCUGGAAAUGCUCACAGGAAGGCCCAGGUCAGUCAGGUGAUUAAGAGGUAGGAUUCUGAUACCGUGAAGGAUACUGCCGGACCACACACUCAUUCCAGCCCAGACUCUAACUGUACACAAGCAAUUAGAUGUGACUCAAAAUCCACUGGGUUUAGUCAGAAAUGUGGACAAGACUUUGCCUUGUUGUUAGUACCACUGGUAUUGGGAUUUUUACCACAUUGAUAGAAUAGGAUUGUCAGGAAGUAGGGUCUCUCCACUAUGUACCCUUUGUAGCUAUGUACUCUGCUCACUGUUGGUCCAGACACAGCAAAGAGAGAGCGUGCAAUGUGCCCUUAGCAUCAAGUCAGCUUGGCAUUGAGUCCCCACAAGCACCUAGUCAGUGAGGAAGGCUGUAUUGGACCCUUAAGCCCCUCUUCAGCUAGAGAAGGGGGGUGCCCUUUACACUGGGCUGGCUUCCCAUAUCAAAGUAAGUGGGACGGACCUGGGAAGGCAAGGACAAAGAUACAGGGAUAGCGAUGCCAGGAUUGUUUUAACUUCUAAUGAAUAACUCACCUGAGAAGAUCCAGCCUUCUAUGAUCACUCAGGUUAAACUUUCUCCAAGCAGCCAGUGUGCUUGCCUGGCCUGACGCAGCCCAGCCUCCGGCAGUAUUCACCAGAGCAUUGUGCACUAACUGAUGCCUCGUUAGCCAAUUGCUAUCUCCUUGUGUCUAGAGAAACAGAACUUGUCUAUGCGAAGAACUUGUCUGUGUAUGAUUUUUGUACUGAUCCCAGUCACCCUCUGCGGUGGCUGCACUAGAAACAGUUUACACAGUUAGUAAGGCUUAUACAAACUAAUGUAGUUAUUAUGUGACCCUUCUAGAAGUACUGUAGAUGAAUUGUAGUGUUUAUAUUUCCUUUUAAUCAGCAAUCUGAGGUAGUGUAGAGAGUGUUUUGUACUAGUGGUGUGUUAUUUUUAUCUCAGUAAAUAACUUGUGGACAUCAGUAUUUUCAAUUUCUCUUUAUCUUCUUUCUGUGUGAUCUGUGCUCUAAGUGUAUGUGAACUGAAACACACUUGUCCUUUCAAUGUGUCUAAUAUUGACUUAUACUUAUAUAUUAUAUAAAUGCUUAUAUCCUUCUUAUAUCCAUAUAGACCAAUGUUCAAUGUGCUACACGCAAGUUUUAUACUCUAAUAUUUAUAUUGCUUUUUUUCUUUGGGAAAAAAUAAUAAAAUGGUUUCUUCUGAA